CAAGCAAAAUAAACAAUUUGUAAGUCUUUAAGGUCAAGGUGGCAAAUAGUAAGUAAGAAUCUCUCACACAAUCUCCUGCAGCUGCAGGCCUCAGCGUUUGAAGCUCUGCUCAGUGCUCUACAGUAGCUCAAGCUUAUCAGUUGCAAGUCGGAAAUACUUGGAAAUUGGCGCAGUUUUUUGCGCAUAAUUAAAAUCAUGUUGUUGUGGUUGCUGUUUGUGCUGCUGGUGGCAAGUGGCAGCAGCAUUGAGGCAACAACGACAGAGGAAACGGAAACGGCGCAGUUCUUUACGCAGCUGUACAAAAGUAAUCUGCAGCAAAUGGUGGCAAUAAGAAAUGAGAGCAUAGAGCCAUGCGUUGAUUUCUAUGCGCAUGCUUGUGGCCAGUUUGAGCAGCAGCAGUCGGAGGAUGCAGUACCGCCGUAUCUAUAUAAUCUGCAAGAUCGCAUGGAGUUCUUUGAGGCGCAACAUGGCAGCUUUCAAACGUUGCCGGGCAAGCUGUUGGGGCAACUUUACAGCGAGUGCAAGCAGCGCAAUGUGCAGCAUGUGCUGAGCGUGCAACCGGUGCUGACGCAUUGGCAGCAGUUGCUGCUGCAGCUGCCCAUGCUGCAGCCACAUCAAGAGCAGUUGCAGGCGUGGCCAUAUCUACGUCAUCAGUGGCGGCGUAGGCAUUUGGAUGAGCAGCUGAAUUGGAUAGAGCUGUCGGCGCAGCUGGCGGCGCAUGGUUUGCCUACAUUGUUGCAUAUUUACUUUGCAGCAGGUACUAUCUAUGUGGCGCCCAUGGCGGAGCUGCCUUGUCCUACGCUGCAAGGAUUUAGAGACAGCAUGGCAACGUUGCUCAAGGACAGAAAUGAGCAGGUGUCGCAUGUACUGGCGCAUGAGCUACGCAUGUUGUGUCGCGGCAUGCGCGGCGAGUUGCCGCUGGGGCAGAGCUUGGGCAACGAUGCCAGCUCUAGCUCCGAUGCGCUUAAGCUGGACGACAAUACGCUGGACUACUUUCAGCGCUUCUUUGCGCAGCUAAAUUUCACGCCGGAGCAACUGACAGCAGCGCGCAAAUUGUCGCUGGAUGUGGCAGCCAUAACUCAGGCCUGGCUUGUGCUGCGCCAAACCGAGCCACGCAUUAUUACCAACUAUGUGCUGUGGCAGCUGCAACAAAAGUUGGCCUACCACGAUUGCUUUCAGCUGAGCAAAGAGUUUGAGCGCUUGCUGCACCUUGAGUAUUGGCAGUGGCAUGUGUUUGCUCCAAAGCUGCAGCGCAAUGUGGCAUUGGCUAUGUAUCAGUUGCAUACCACACGCUUCCAAACGCGCCGCCGUUCGCAGCUGAGCCGCCGCGACUGGUAUGGCUAUCUGCUGCCCAAGCAGCUGGAGCAGCAGGAGCUGCAAAUUGCGCGUCUCUUGCAAGCUCAUGCUCAACAUUAUCUUAAUCUCACUGAGCUCACGCUGCACUACAGUCAAGUGCAGUUCACAGCCGGCAGCUUCUAUAGCAAUCUCUUGCGCCUGCGUCGCGCUCAGCUGCGUCACAGCUUUGAGUCUCCCUUUGUCGACGAGGAGGAUGUCCAACAGCCCGCUUACUUUCUACGUCACUUUCUCCACUUUGCUUUGCUCACUUUGCAUCGCCCCAUUUAUCAUUACUAUGCCACGCAAGGCUUGGAGUUGUGGCAACUGUCGCGUCUGCUCCUAGACACCGAUGGCUACUAUACUGCUCUGGAUUGUCUGCAGCAGCAGAGCCAACAGCUCUAUGAUCCCUCUUCGGCUGCUCUUUAUCGUCAACUCAGCUCGCAUGAGGUCUCCGCAUUUUAUGGCUUCCAACGCGCUUUUCUUGCCGCGCUGCGCGAUUAUCACUUUUGGCUGGCGGGCGAGCGUUUUCUCUUCGCCGAGCAGUUUGUGCUCCAGUACUUUGGCCUGGAUGAGCAGCGCGUGCUCUUCUAUGCGGCGGCUCAGCAGCUGUGCAAUCGUCAGGAUGAGAUUCUGGCACCGCGUCUUAAUCGCGCAUUUAUGAACACCUUGGAGUUCCAGGAAGCCUUUAAGUGCGAUGCGCAGGCGCCAAUGAAUCCUCCAGCCAAAUGCUUGGUCAACUGUUAA